UAUUUCUUUUGAACGUUGUAUACAGAGAAAUGUGUUGAUUCUACAUACUAUAAAAUGGAUAUAGUUAAUGAAAUUCUAGAGAAAGAACAGAAAAAGGCAGAGAAAUAUAAGCCUAUCACAGUAGACAAGCACUUAGAUGUAGAAUUCGACAUUGGAACACUUUUAGCAUUUGACUCAAAUGAUUUGGACACAAAAAAAUUAAAUGCAAACAAAACUAGGGAUGAAUAUUUACAAUCGUUAUCCCGCGACAACACACAACUGUUACUGAACAAGAUCUGGGAGCUUCCCACCGAGAGGGUGGAAGAGGCCAUUGUGGUGAAGCUGCCGGAUCCCACCACAGUACUCCCGAGAGCUAAGCCAGUGCCUAAACCCAGGCCGCUGACCAAGUGGCAGGAGUUUGCUAAGGCCAAGGGCAUCACUAAGAAGAAGAAGGAUAAAUUAGAAUGGGAUGAACAAUUGCAGAAAUGGGUGCCACUUUAUGGAUUCAAAAAGGCAGCAGCAGAAAAAGAGAAGAACUGGUUAAUAGAGGUCCCACAGAAUGUAGACCCUAUGACAGACAUGUACGAGAAAAAGGCUGAGGCCAAAUCCGAGAAGGUGGCCAAGAAUGAGCUGCAGAGGCUCAAGAACAUCGCACGAGCCAAGAAAGUCAAGAUACCUAGAGUUGGGCUACCUGUUACAUCUGAUAAAGCUUCUGCUAAUCAGCUAGCAACAGCAGCAACAGUAGCUCGAGCCUCCACAGCCUCCCUUGGCAAGUUCCAAGACCGCCUACCUAAAGAAAAGGAUGCCCGAGGCAAAGGCGUACACGAACUUAUCCCUGGAAAGGACAGAAAGAGAAAGCUGCCUGUGCCCACUGCAAAGGUUGAGAGGGAGAAUAACCUCAAUUUACUGGAUAGUAUAUUGAACAAGCGGCCGAAGAUUGAUAUGGAUAAGGCUGUGGCUAAACAUAUAGCUAAUGAGCAAGUGCAGAGAUCAGAAGAAAAGAAAACCAGCAAGCCAAAGGGCAAGCCACGCAAGGGCAAGCCACUCAAGGGCAAGACGGGCAACCCCAGCAAGUUUACCGCCAAGAAGCCCAAGGCGGGCGCCGGGCAACGCAACCCGGGCAAGAAGGCCGGCGGCCGGAAGAGGAGAUAGUCAUGAAACGUUCGCGAAGUCUUAACACAUUACAGUGCCAUGCCAAGAUCAUCGCAAGAUCGAGAAAAAUAUAGAAUGACCUUGGCAUGGUCCAUUAAUGUGUUAAAGCUAAAGUAUGGUUAUUCAGUAAAGUAUUUAAGUUA